AUGGGAGUGGAGAUAGUGGUCUGGGGGAGAGAGCACACCUGCCGGCAGUUUUUAUCAAAGCGCGCGGGAGGGCGGCGCGGGCGCGGCGUGACCGGGGCCGCUGCCGCCGCUCCUCAGUCAGUCACACGGCGACGCUCGCGCUGGCGUUACAUUCCGGUCGCCCGCAGUUCGCAGCCUGCAUUGCACUGCGACCGCGCUUCCGUUUACUAUAUCAUCGGCUUGUACUGUGACACCGCCGACCACGCGAUCAGCCCGCGUUUCAUGUUUUCGAGUGGCAGCGGCGGCGACACAAGU